AUGACGGCCACUGCAAAGCGACGUCUACAGGCGCUCAGCCAGCAGCUCGUUGAAGGUAUCCCGGACGCUGGUACAUUUGAGGACAUUCCACGAAUUCGCACGGUCGCCGGGGACUCUGUAGGCCCGAGACUCAAGGACAAGGUUGCCAUUAUAACGGGUGCCAAUUCGCCCCUCGGAAUCGGACGAGCAAGUGCGCAUCAGUUCGCGCACAACGGUGCAAAGGCAGUCUACGUGUGCGAUUACGACGAAACCUACCUGGCUACGCACAAGCGCGAGAUCGAGUCGCUCUAUCCGGGCGUCGAUGUCCACACGCGACAGUUUGAUGCGGGCGACGCAGACGCAGUCAAGGCGGUGGUCGACGACGCGAUUGCUCGAUAUGGCCGGCUGGAUGUGAUGUUUGCCAACGCGGGCAUUAUUGGCACCCCAAAGGUGUUUACGGACAUUGACUCGGAUGGUUUCAUGAACACGCUACGGACGAAUACACUUGGUGUCUUUCUCGCAGUCAAAUACGCCGCGCCGGCGAUGAAAAUCACUUCGGAAGCGAAACCGUUUCCCUCGGGCUCGAUUAUCUGCACUGCCUCGGUGGCCGGUCUCCGGUCUAAUGCUGGGCCAACAGACUACUCGGCGUCCAAGGCGGCGGUGGUCAAUAUCGCCCAGACGACGUCCUACCAGCUCUCUGGCACAGGAGUCCGGGUCAACGCCAUCUGUCCCGGCGUGAUCGAGACGGGGAUGACCAAGGUGAUGUACGACGCAGCUCGCGCCCGCGGCACGCAGCAGAAGAUCGGUCAGCUCAACCCGCUCCAGCGUGGAGCGGUGCCAGACGAAGUCGCGAGAGUGGCACUGUUCCUGGGCAGCGAUGAGAGCAGCUACAUGAACGGCCAGGCUGUGACGGUGUGCGGAGGGCUCAGUGCGGGACAUCCCUUUGUGCCUGGGAAGUUGGGUUAG